UCUAGCCGGCCUGGCGGCGGCGCAUCUCUACGGUUCCGGCGCGGGCUGAGGGCGGCGGUGUUGGUCGGGCGGAGGCCGCAGAGGAGGCGCCAUGGACACCAGCGGGCGGCCCUCAGCGGUGCAGCUCAUCCUGCUGGGCACCAGCUCGGCUGUGGCCGCCGUCCUGUACUCCGUGUAUCGGCACAAGGUCCAGGCGGCCCGCGAGCUCAAGGGAGCCAAAAAAAUUCACUUGGGUGAAGAUUUGAAGAGUAUUCUUACUGAUGCUCCUGGGAAGUGUGUGCCUUAUGCUGUCAUUGAAGGAGCUGUGCGUUCUGUUAAAGAAACCCUUAACAGUCAGUUUGUGGAAAACUGCAAAGGAGUGAUUCAGAGACUAACCCUCCAGGAGCACAAGAUGGUGUGGAAUCGAACCACGCACCUCUGGAAUGACUGUGAAAAAAUCAUUCACCAGAGAACAAAUACAGUGCCCUUUGACCUGGUGCCCCAUGAGGAUGGCACAGGUGUGGCGGUCCGAGUUCUGAAGCCCCUGGACUCAGCUGACCUCGGCUUGGAAACGGUGUAUGAGAAGUUCCACCCUACAAUCCAGUCCUUUACUGAUGUGAUUGGUCACUACAUCAGUGGGGAGCGGCCCAAGGGCAUCCAGGAGACAGAGGAGAUGCUCAAGGUGGGGGCUACCAUCACAGGUGUGGGGGAGCUGGUUCUUGACAACAAUUCCAUCCGCCUGCAGCCCCCCAAACAGGGUCUGCAGUACUAUCUGAGCAGCCAGGAUUUUGACACCCUCCUGCAGAGGCAAGAGUCUAGUGUCAAGCUCUGGAAAAUCCUGACAGUCAUCUUUGGCUUUGCCACCUGCGCCACCCUCUUCUUCAUCCUGCGGAGGCAGUACCUGCACCGGCGAGAGCGGCAGCGGAUGAAGCAGAUGCAGGAGGAGUUCCGCCUUCACCAGGCCCGGCUCCUGAGGGAGGCCAGUGCUGAGGAGAGGGAGACUUUAAAAAAUGCCUGCGUCGUCUGUCUGAGCAACAUCAAGUCCUGCGUCUUUCUGGAGUGCGGUCAUGUCUGCUCAUGCAGCGAAUGCUACCAGGCUUUGCCCGAGCCAAAGAAGUGCCCUAUUUGUAGACAGGAGAUCGUCCGGGUAGUACCCUUGUACAACAGCUAACUGUUCGAGGAUUUGGAGUUUAUAGAGGAAAUGGUUCUCCUUUUCAAUGGAUUUUAUCAGUCCCUUAGACAGUCUAGUGGUGGCCAUUUGUAACCACUGGGCGUCAUCAAAGGGUGGGAGGGAGAAAGCGAAAACAGCCCAGUCUCUUAAAUACAGCGGCAGAGAUUGGACCCUGUGGGAUUAUGCUUUAAAUCAAAAAGCAGGAGAGCCAAAGGCCCAUCCAUUGGGUGGGGGCUGCAAAGCCAAUGGCAGGCUUUCUGCCAUUUUGCAGACAUGGGGGGUCUGGGGUGUGUGUCUGUCUCUUUGUCUCUUUGUGUGUGUGUGUGUGUGUGACUGUCUGAAAGAGAAAAUUCACUAGACCCCUUAACCUCAUAGCUAGUUCUCUUCCUCACUUUGGUUUGAGAUUAGUCCCUGCAUUAUUCCACAUGAGCUGUGUGAUCACCAUUGGUUUAGGUCACAGCCUGGGUUCAGUGACCCAGUUAUCCCAGCAGGAGGAAAGGGAAAACCAGAUAGUGGGUGAGUGGAGAUUGGGUUUUUCAGAGCUGCCUCAGGAACUGCCAGCUGGUAUUAGAUUUUUUUCCUGCUCUACCACUUGCAUAUUACUUAAUGAUUUUAACCAAAAUUGCUAGGAAAUGAUAUGUUGCUGAGGCUUUCCUUCUCCUCAUCCCUCUCAUCAACCAGAUUGUGUGUGUGUGUGUGUGUGUGUGUGUGUGUGCGCGCACGCUUGGUGUGGGCAUCUGCAGAAGUAAGGAAGUGAAACUUACUUUGUCUCAUGACUUAUGCCCCCAGUAGCUCAGCACGGUGGGCAGUAAUUUGAAGGGAACAGGAGGGGAGAGAUCUAAUCAGUCUUAUUGGUGAUAGUGAAAGUGGGGCCUGGAUUUCCAAAUUCCUCUCCAGCUUUGCCAGGUCCCUUUUUAGCUGCCUCACCCUCGGUGCACUCACUGCCUUCUGGCAGGAGCUGCUGUGCUGCGGCGGCCGUGCCCGCCAGAGAAGAGGACGCCGGGAUCCCCGUGCUUGGGGUUUGAACUGGGACUCUCAGAGCCAGGGAAUGAAUGGGUGUUGCCCCCGUUUCAGGUGAGGAUGGAAAGUGCUCGAGACUUCUAGGAUAUUGCUGCAUUUGCCUCCUGACUCUGGAAGCUUCUUUCACCAAUCAGGAGGAUGGGAGCACCAAGUUCCUACUUGAUCCCCCUUUCCCCAAAGUGAGACUGUCCCAUGGGUCUGAUGUCGUCAUCUCUUCUUGUGUUGCUUUUCUCCCUUCCUUGCCUGCUUGAAUUUUGUGAGCACCAGCCAGGGGGCGGGGAAAAUCCCCUUUCCCAGCACUUCAUCAGCAAGCCAAAGGCCGUGUUUGGAGCCUUUCUUCUUGUGUCUCCUUCCCGGCGUCCUGCUUCCUGGCCUUCCCCUGUGAGAACAGGGGUGUCACAGUAACACACCAACACUGCACUAUCCACUUUGGCUUACGUGCAAAGGACACAGUAAAUAUUUUAUGUUGAAAUUGAA